GGCCGGGAGGGGCGGCGGGGCCGGCCCCGCUGAGUGACGGCCGGGCCGGGGCCGCGGCCGGGCCGGACCCCCGCCCCCGGCAGCGGCGGAGCCGGCGCGGCCAGAACGAGCCGCCCGGGCUCGGCUCGGCUCGGCUCGGCUCGGCUCUGCACGGCGCACGGGUGCGGUUCUGUGACACCAUAAAAGUGAGAUCCACGACACUUCUCUAAGAUGUCUUACAGAAAGGAGCUAGAAAAAUACCGAGACCUAGAUGAAGAUCAGAUCCUUGGAGCACUGACAGAGGAGGAGCUCAGGAAGUUAGAGAAUGAACUGGAAGAGCUGGAUCCUGAUAAUGCGCUGUUGCCAGCAGGGCUCAGGCAGCGGGAUCAGACGCAAAAGCCACCGACUGGCCCAUUCAAAAGGGAGGAACUUAUGGCCCACCUAGAAAAGCAGGCAAAGGACAUUAAAGACAGAGAAGACUUGGUUCCUUUCACGGGCGAAAAGAGAGGGAAAGCUUGGAUUCCCAAGCAGAAGCCGAUGGAUCCUGUUUUGGAAAGUGUGACUCUUGAGCCAGAACUGGAGGAAGCUCUUGCUAAUGCCUCUGAUGCAGAGCUCUGUGACAUUGCUGCCAUCCUUGGCAUGCACACCUUGAUGAGUAACCAGCAGUACUAUGAGGCACUGGGGAGCAGCACCAUCGUGAACAAAGAAGGCCUUAACAGUGUGAUUAAGCCUACACAGUACAAACCAGUUCCUGAUGAGGAGCCAAACUCAACAGAUGUGGAGGAAACUCUGAAACGAAUACAAAGCAAUGAUCCUGACCUUGAGGAAGUCAACCUUAACAAUAUUAUGAAUAUUCCCAUACCAACCCUAAAAGCUUUUGCAGAAGCACUGAAAAACAACACAUACGUGAAGAAGUUCAGCAUAGUUGGGACUCGGAGCAAUGAUCCUGUUGCUUUUGUAAGUACUGCCCUGGCAGAAAUGUUGAAGGUCAAUAGCACACUGAAGAGCCUGAAUGUGGAGUCAAACUUCAUUUCUGGGUCUGGGAUCCUGGCUAUUGUUGAAGCACUCGAGGGCAACACGUCACUUGUGGAGCUGCGCAUUGACAACCAGAGUCAGCCCUUGGGCAACAAAGUAGAAAUGGAAAUCGCAAACAUAUUGGAAAAGAACACCUCCCUGCUGAAGUUUGGGUACCAUUUCACCCAGCAAGGUCCCCGGCUUCGCGCCUCCAAUGCCAUGAUGAAUAACAACGACCUGGUGAGGAAGAGAAGACUUGCAGAGGUGAAUGGGCCUAUUUUUCCCAAGUGCAGAACUGGAGUGUAGUUCCUGGCUGUGGAGGUCAUUCCCAGUGAUCUGUGCUACACUGUGGAAAUCUAAAGGCAUUAAGUGCCUUGACAGAGUAUUUGUGGUGCCUCUGUUCUGUUUUAUGCACUAACAGUUGAAAUUAAAUAGUGGCUGUAGUUUUUA